GAGGCUUUGCCUCAUGUGCGUGUCGAUUUUCCUCGUUUGGGAGCGUAAAACGAGACCGUCAAUGCAAAUGUCAACGGGAAAAGCGCUUUAUUUACACAUGACGGUUCAGCGAGCCGGUUUGUCAAAGUCAACGCAAGUAGAAUGACACGCAAGCGCCGAAUGACAGGUCUAAGAAUUGACCGCAAAGUCUUUGUCGGGCCUUCGUGACUGGAGGACCAGGCUUCGUCGGGCAUUGUGCGGCAGAAAGACAAACAGCAGCUGGCGCAAUGAGGGCGGCAGUUGUUUGAACAGUGGAAUGGCGCAAGUGCAGUGGCGCCUAUUGUGCGCGCGCGCCUAUUGUGGCUGCCACCGCCGCGCUUCGGUGUCAGCCACCGCUCGCCUAUUUAAGAGUCUGGAACGCCAGAAGACGACCAAUGGGUCGGACGUGGCAAGCGCUUGAUUGUGACUCGGCUCGCCAUGCAAGCGCAAGACGGCCGCGCUCUGUGGAGGGCGGCGCUUCUAUGGACGCUUCUCUGCGGAGGAGGCGCCAGUGAUAACUGCACCAGCCGCCGAUGUCUGGCCAACGAUCUGGUCAACAGAAAACUAAUAACUCAGCCACAGAGUGAAGAUUGCUCUGAGUACAUCUACGUGUCAUCCAUCGAGUAUCAGACCAUCAAAGUUGACACAAAGAACCUCCGUCUCGGCUGCCGUUUACAGGCGACAAUUGUAAGCAACGAGACGCGUGGUUCUAAAUGGAGUGACGACGAGCCAAUAGUCAGGUCGGCCGUUAACACGGAUCGCACCCGCAGGAAUGGACAGAUUACGAUUUGUACUGGGACCCGUCCGUUUACCCCUAUGAGGAGCAUAUCGUCAAGCACGCAGAACAGGUUCCGCGACCUGAUUGUGUUCAGCAACGGCACCCUGCGCCACCGUGUGGUGAUGGCGGCUGAGGUCAACUGCGAGUUCAACCUCUUCAACUACCCUUUUGCUGAGGACGGAUGUCCCGUGGUCAUCCAGACCUGGUCUUCCCAAGGAUGCGGCACCUUCAUGGAGAUCGGCGAGGUGGAGGUGUAUGAUGGCAGCCACGGCGACUGGGAAACCUUGGGCGCUUACCUGGAAUCGCCAUCCGAUGAACAAUUCUAUAUCUUGGUGAUCUUGAAGCUCCGGCAGCAGAAUCCCUUCAUCACGCUAAUGCUUCCUAGCAUUCUGCUCAUCCUGGCCGACAUGGUGAGCUUCGCCCUGCCGCUGGACUGCGGCGAGCGCAAUUCCUUCAAGGUCACGCUGGUGCUCAGCUUCACUAUGUUCCUGCUCAUCCUCAACGACCAGCUGCCCGGUGACAGCGAGUGCACUCCCGUCAUAAAGAACCACUUUUGCGUGUGCCUGGUCUUGCUGGUGGUGAGCAUGCUGGUGUCCAUGGUCCUGACACGGGUGGCCAAGGACGGAGGCCUCAUCUUCUGCUGCUCCUCCGGAAGAGCCAAAGCUGGUGACGGGCAGAGGAGGGCUGACCAGGAUGACAAAGCGGACGUGAGUGUCAUCCGGCUGGACAACUCAGAGGAACAGCAGAUGCACAGAAGGUUGAUGGACUUCCUGGAUGCCAUCAAAGCCAAGGAAGCGGAGUGCGAGCGCAACAAGGCGCUCGCAGACAGGAUUGACAAAACCUUUUUCUGGUUCUAUUUCAUUCUGGGCACGCUGUACUUUUGCGCUAUGAUUGUGGUGAUGGUGAAAUACAAAUGCGAAGUGGACCACUUGGAUUUCUGGUAAAAGCCAGUGGUGCCAAGUAACUGAGCACGAGUUCACUAUGUCGAUCGACUUUUCGGGUGUCUGUACUUGAGACGUUUUGACUACUUACAGUUCAAAUCUGUGCUUUCUUCUCCUGAUUUUAUCAAUGCGAAGUCGCUUCCGUUUGUCAACAUCUGCCGACGUGGCGGUAGAUAGAGAGACCGUCGUAAAACACACGACAGCUGGAAUGCAAAUUCAUUGACAAAUUUGGAGAAGCUAAAUCUUUGGCUGACUGAACUGUUGCGGAAACGGAAUCGGUGCUUCGACUCUUUCCUGCCUUUAUUUCACACAAGUAUCUAAACUUGCACUUCAGAACAGAGCGUGAGCACUUUUGCCACCUCAUCAUGAGUACCUAUUGAGCUAACCUCAAAUGCAUGAAGACUUUGAUAGACCUGAUACACUACAACUAUAACCUCACUGCACAUUUUAUUCCUUUGUGAAAAGUAUUGAUAUCUCCAGACUGAAACAAAAGUGAGAAAAAUAAACGUUCUGGGACAUUUCUGCAGGUUA